AAAUAUGAAAUUCAUUGAACAACUUAUUGGUAAUAUGCUCUUUAGUCGUUCUAUUGGAUUACAAUCUUUCAGAUAUUACCGAGGAUUUAGAAAUAUAAUUGACUAUCAAUAUUUUACUGAUAUUAAAUUAUAUACUGGAUUUACUCAUUCUUUAUCAAAACUGCAAACUUUUGAAUUUCAGGCUUUUAGUUACCGCGACAUUAACUCUUUUACCGCUUGGUCUGAUUUAUUUGAAAAUAUUUCAAUUUCAACUAAGACAAUUGAGCAUUUAUCCCUUUUUAUUCCACAUAAGGCUCAUAAUAACAAGCAACUUUGUCAAUCAUUAUCCAAAUUAAUUCAAUCUCAAUCAAAUUUAAAAAGUUUAGUAAUUGAUGAAUUAACAGCCUCAUUCAUUUAUGAUGCACUCGCUAAUCAAGCUCGACAUUUAACGUUUUUAAGGGUUACCUGGCUAAGUAAAUUUGAUCUUUUAUACCAAUUAUUACCAAUUUGCACGAACUUAGAAGCUCUGGAAUUUUCUCAAGUUUCACAACCGGAACAUGGAAACAAUAUUUCGCAGUUUCCAAUCACCCAAAUUAAUUUGAAAUCCGUUAGAGAAAU